UCAGUACAGUUUACUGUUAUCAACAUGGAGCCCUUCCACCAUGUUCUUUGGAUGUCCGUUCUGGUGUUUCUAGUACUGGAGACGGCUGCGGUGUUACAGUGGGUAAAAGUCGACUUUCCAGUACAAACCGACCCAGAAUGGAUAGAGGUUUGGAAGGGAAAAACCGGCGGAGAAACUUCUUGGUUGAUGGAAAUGGAUGUUUUGAAUUCAGACGAAGAGUUUGAAUCUAGGCAUAGCAAAUACCCAGGAAAAGUACUUGCGAUUAACGUGAAAUACUCGGAACUUGAAACUUCCAAGAUGGUAGCUGCAGCUAAGUUCGCAAAAGAAAAUAUUCGAAAUGGCGUUUUCUUAACCGUCUCCGAAAAAGGUUUCUCAAAAAAGUUGGUACAGAAAUACCAACUAAAUUGGAUUGGUGUUAUGAUUGAAUCAGACAGUGGGAGUAACCUAAUAUGGGAUCCAGAUCCAAAGCUCACAUUUGAUGAAGUUAACAUUCCUACAGAAGCGAAAAGAUUCAUGCAAAACUACUGGGAUAAAAAAUCCGGUGGAAAAUAUCAUUGGUGGAUUCAUUCGGCUUCUUUGAACACAGAAGAGGCGUACGUAAACAGGUAUGAAACUUACAAGGACAAAGUAAUUGCGAUUUGUUUGUCACAGAAUCCAACUGAGAUAGCUAAACACGAGGGGAUUGCUGUGGCGGAGUUCGCAGGCAACAAUGUUAAUAAUGGAAUUUUCUUAACCGUCCCCAAACAGCUCUCCAAACAGUUAAAAACGAAAUACAAAAUAAAUUGGGGUAAUUUUUUGAUUGACUUGAAAGAUAAGAUCCAAAAAGUCAUCGUAACUGACAAAGCUGAAUACGAAAAAAGAUAUACAACCUACGAAGGCAAAGAUAUUUACACGUAUUUCCACAAGUACGACGUCCCUGCCAAAAAGGAUGAACUGGAAUUUCAUUUAAGAACUCAAAUGGAUUGGAUAGUCGAACAGGUGAAGAGGAAAUACAUUUGGGUCGUCUUGCUCGUAGUGCAUGUGGAUGUCGUCGGUGAUGAUUUUAUUUAUAAACUCUGUCCGUUAAAAAAGAAACCUCAUCAUAUCCCUCGAGCGUACCACGAACGAGAUGAAAAGGUAAUCCGAGUUAUUGCACCAUAUGAGCAGGUUGCCGAAUACAUUGUUUCAUGCCAAAAGAAGAAACUCUUGCAAGUCAUUACUGAAGAUGGCACAGAUACACCUGAGGAAGAUGGCACAAAUACACCUGAGGAAGAUGGCACAGAUACACCUGAGGAAGAUGGCACAGAUACACCUGAGGAAGAUGGCACAGAUACACCUGAGGAAGAUGGCCCAAAUGCUUAACGAGUCGAACUACUGAAAUAUAAAAGUAAUCAAAUAAAGAAUUAUAUAAGGCUA